AUGUUGGCCACCUUUACUUUAGAUUGGGAUGGAUGGCUUUUUGCUAAUCUUAUGCAAAAUGGUUAUCACAUUCACAAUUUAAGUUGGAAUGUUUUCUUUGUUUUCUGCUGCUGGUUUAUAUGGAAAUGGAGGUGCAAAAGUAUUUUUGAUGACAGGUACCAAUAUCCUUAUAAUCCUGCUGAUAUCAUCCUUGGUUAUGCUACGGAAUGGACUAAGGCUAUGGCUAAGCCUAAUAUGCAGCUGCUGAAACAUGUUAAAAACCUCUCUUGGAUUAAGCCUGCUGAUGGGUUUUACAAGCUAAAUGUGGAUGGUUCAAGAUCAAGAAAUGGGGACAUUGGUGCUGGAGGUGUUACAAGGGAUGGAAGUGGGUGUUGGAAGAAUGGCUUUAUGAUUAACAUUGGUUCUGGAGAUGUGCUCCAAGCUGAGGCCUGGGGUCUUUUUUAUGGCAUUCAAUUGGCUUUAGACAUGCAAAUUUCCAAUUUGGAAGUGGAGUCAGAUUCUGCUGUUCUCAUCAAUCUUCUGCAGAAUUAUGAUAGUGAAUCACCCUCUGGGCACCAUUGUGACAAAUUGCAGGUCUAUGCUUCAACAUUUUGCCUCAGUCCAUGUCAAGCAUAUUCACCGAAUAUGGUUGCUGAUUUGCUGGCCAAGAACAGUACUCUCAAUGCUCAAGGCAUCUGUUAUCUUUAUGAGCCCCCUGCUAUUGUUAUUGAAGCUCUCCUUGAUGAUAUUGUGGGAGUUGCUAGGUGUAGAAGUUUUAGAACCAGUAGUACUGGUUAG